AUGUUUAAGGAGAAGGUUGUUAUCGAUUGCAAGGGCCACCUUAUGGGCCGCCUCGCCUCAGUGAUAGCCAAGGAGCUCCUGAGCGGGCAGAAGAUCGUAUGCGUGCGUUGCGAGGACGUCAACAUCAGCGGAUCCCUCUACCGUAACAAACUUAAGUACCACCGUUUCUUAAGGCUCAGGACCAACUCCAACCCGAGGCACGGUCCUUUCCACCUUAGGAAGCCAUCGAAGAUGUUCUGGCGUGUGGUGCGCGGUAUGAUCCCUCACAAAACCAAGCGCGGCGCACUCGCCCUCAAGCGUCUGAAGACCUUCGAGGGCAUGCCCUCCCCGUAUGACAAGAUGAAGAAGCGCGUGGUGCCAGCUGCACUCCGCUUCCUCAGGUUGAAGCCACACCGUAGGUACUGCCGCCUGGGCGAUGUGCUGGCCAAGGUCGGAUGGAACUACGAUGGAUUGGUGCAGAAGCUGGAGGCGCGCAGGAAGGAACGCUCCCAGGAAUACUACAAAGCCAAGAUGGAGCAGAGGAAGACCAUCGCCGAGGCCAAGGCUGCAGCUCUGGCUCAACUUCCUGCGGAACACAGGGAUGCGCUGACGUACUGCGGAUACGCAUAA